AUGGCGACAAGAUUCUUUGCUAAUGCUGAUGGAGCGUCCAGUUCCCCCUUCAACCUUUCCAUGCCCGGAGGUCUCAUCAAAAUAACAGGAGCUGCAGCCAUUUCAAUCGAUAAACAUGGAGCUUUCCACCUGAGUGGCAACGAGGUGCAGUGGGAUGGCCGAGGUAGCACUACCGUGGAGAAACCAAUUCUCCAGGAAAGGAUGCAGGUAAUGCCAUGGAUAUCUUCCAAUGACACAAAAUCCACGGGCAGAGGGUUUACGACUGUCACACAACGACGACUAGGAUGUCGAAGCGCCAGAAUUGUCCCCGAGGGCCCUGUGACUUAUGCUCCCCGGAUUUCCGUAAGAAACGAUGGCGUAAGGACGCAGCUUGUGCAGAUCGCUCGCAUCUUUGUGAGGAAGAAACCGACAAGAUUCCACCCGAUUUUCCGUGAUGAUGAAGAGUAUCUGUGGUACCUUCAAGAAGGAUACGAGGUUCUCUACUGGGACGUAAUCAUGGACAUUUUUCAUAACUUACGCGUAGACCUACUCGGGGACACGCACGCCGAAAUGAUGAUGAACACGAUCAGGAGUACUUUGGUCUUCGUCACCGCGAAGCAGCAUAGCCUUCUUCAAACCGGAUAUUUGGCGGGCUCUUCAUGUACAGACGAUCUGGGUCUGCUCAUAGAUGCAAUCGACCGGCGAACUCGUUUCCUCGCCCGCAUCUUACGGGCUAACUCACCGGACCCUGCAGAUCUGGAUCUGAUCUUGUCUAUUAUUACGACGACAAAAUGCAAGUUGGACGAGGAUCUGGACGCAGGCCCCCAAGAAGAACCGAUGAGACUGAGCUCCAAGGAAAGUACCUGGUACUGGAUAUUCGCACUUUUCAUCGCCUCGAUCCUAGGCGCAUUCAUUCCCGGCUCUAUUGGCUUUGCGAAGAAUUGGUUCAUCGUGUCGACGUUCGGCAACCUAGCUAUGCUGAUGCUGUUCGAGAGAUCCGAACUCGCCAGUCCCUAUAGGUCGGUGUGGAUCACAGUUGCCAUCGGGACAAUAUGCAACAUUGUCUCCGUUAUUGUCUAUCCACAGUUCAUGAAAGGCUGGAGCGCCAUCUUCGCUUUAAUAGGCACAGUCUUUUCGGCAUCUUGCGUCGUAAUCACAACUUAUACAGCGGCACUUGAGCGGAGAAAAGAAGAAAAGCCCAAGAAGGAUUGA